CACAUUUUAAGCUAAAAUCUUAUAAUGUGAUAUAAUAUUUUCAAACAGGGCCAGCCUAAAUUUCCGUCUUCUCUGAUAGCCUGGGAAGAAUGAAAGAAAGAGUGAAACCAAGUAGAAAAUAGGGAAACCCCUUCUUAGGAAUUGGGGAGGCAAAGUGUGUCCCUGCAUUUCCAAUAUUUUCCAGGUCACAUCUCUCUGAGUUGGAUACAAUGACUUCUAACUAUGUAGAGAUCCUAGAAUCAUUGUUGGUAUACUGGAAUUCUCAGCUAGCCACAGACCUAGACUGGCCCCUUUACUAGUUAAGCCAUAAUAAACAAACACAACCAGAUGGGGCAAAAACACAGCUUGGCUCUGGCAUAGAUUGGAUGUAGUAGCUGGACUCCUAGAUGCUUAACUGCAAGACUAGCCUUGGUCAUUUCAUUUCCCUUACACUAACCCAAAUCCACAAUUUACUGAUCCCUUGUUUUGGACCCCACUUACGUGCAUUUUAGCAAGAAUUUACUGUACUUUUAGUAAGGUAUGAGUAUAAAUUACAAAUAAAACUAAAUCUUCCUUUGACAAAUAGCCAAUUACAGUUCAGUACAACUCCUUACUCCUCCGCCCCAGUGAGCUUGAUGAGCAUUCCAGCUGUCUUGAGUGGUAUAGGUGAAUGUCUGUCUGUCUACACACACACAAAUAAGUAUAUACAUGCAUACACCUAAACAUAUAAAUAAUACAAAGUUUCUUUUUUUCACUGUGUGUAUCAUUUGGCAGCAUAUUUUUAAUCACUUAAAAUUAACUACAAAUAUCUAAAAUUCUGGCCAUUUUAUUGAACUAUUAUGUUCACAAAGUUGAUUACUAUAUACCACAUUUCAUUUAUUUAUUUCUUACCCUCCUUCUCAUUCCCAAAACCCAUCUAGGUGCUUUAGAAUCAUUGCCACUCAAAACAAUGCUGCAAAAACAACUUUAGAUCUGGUUUCUUAUAUACAUGGAGCAAAUGUUUCUUUGGGGAUCAGAAUUUUUUCCCUAGAAUUAAUCUUUGGAAAUGCAAGAGAUUUUUUUUUUUUUUACUCAUCCUUUUUGUAUGCCUUAUAUGUUUAUCCUCAUUGGCACUUAAAUUUCUCUAUUGGCAUAUCUGCAAGAAAGUAAACUAGUGUCUCUUGUUGUCUUAUUGGGUACACAGCGCUCUCUUCCUCUUAGAUUAAUGAGAAUUAAUUGACUCUCUAUGUUGGAUUUCCUGGUGAUUCUGUUACAUAGUUGAUUAUUUUUAAAUUGUUCUAGUGAUAUCUAGGAAAUAUUAUAGUAUUUCUUUUCCUUUAUAGAGCUAACCUCCAAAUUUGGGUGUUUUAGACACUUUUAUUAAGCUGGUAGAUGGUACUUACUGUAACCCUAUCGUUUCCUGUUUCCAUUCUCCUUUGGAGAAAAAAUGUGCUUAGGUUGUCUUUUCCUCAUUCCUUUCAUUGCAUUUUUGUGUGUUCUCAUAUAUCCUGUUCCUUGGUAAUAUACUUGCAUAUUCUUCCCUUCUUAACUAUUGUAUUAUAAGUCCGAAUAUAAUUUAGACAUUAAUUCAAGAUUAUUUCUCCUCUUUUUCUAAAGUUGGAAUAAAUCUAGCAGGACUCUCGGAUGAGGGAUAUCCCAGUUUUUGUUUCACUAGUUUUGUGAUCUUUUAACAGGGCUUUUGGCAUUUAAGUAGUUCAUAAAAAGAGAAAGCUUGAAUAAAUGAUAUUCAGGCUUUUCUCCAAAAACUUCUUUGGCCAAAUUAAAAUGAGUAAUUUCAUAAACAGUGAAGAACUUGAAGACACAAUAUUUAUUGACUUUGGUAUAAGUGACAAUGCUUAUUUAUGUGCAUUAAGGUUUUAAACUGUAAAUAUGUAGAACAGAUUGUAAGAUACAGAAAGUGUAUGUUUUCUUUUAUAGGUGUUUGUUUUGACCUGCCACUUUAAAAUUAAGUCAAAAUGCCAAUAAGACCAGAUCUCCAGCAGUUGGAAAAAUGCGUGGAUGAUGCUUUAAGAAAAAAUGAUUUCAAACCUUUGAAAACACUUUUACAAAUUGAUAUUUGUGAAGAUGUGAAGAUUAAAUGCAGCAAACAGUUUUUCCACAAGUUGGAUGAUCUUAUAUGCAGGGAACUUAAUAAAAAGGAUAUCCAAACUGUUUCAAUCAUUUUGAUUUCUUUUGGAAGAUGUAGCAGAAAUAUCAGUAUAUUGGGGCAAGUUGGACUUCUAACUUUGAUAAAACAAGGACUAGUCCAAAAGAUGGUUGCCUGGUUUGAAAAAUCCAAGGAGAUAAUUCUGAGUCGAGGAAAUUCAAAAGAUGAAGCUGUUAUAAAUAUGAUAGAAGACUUAUUUGAUCUUUUGAUGGUCAUAUAUGGCGUCAAUGAUGAAGGUAAAAAGCAAGUAGUGGAAAGUUUCAUACCUCGAGUUUGUGCCCUGAUUAUUGACUCCAGAGUGAAUAUUUGUAUUCAGCAGGAGACACUAAAAAAAAUGAAUGCUAUGCUUGACAAAAUCCCUCAAGAUGCCAGGAAAAUACUCUAUAAUCAAGAAAUGUUAAUUCUCAUGAAUAGUAUGGGAGAAAGGAUUUUAGAUGCUGGAGAUUAUGACUUACAAGUAGGUAUAGUGGAGGCUUUAUGUAGAAUGACAACAGAAAAGCAAAGACGAAAACUGGCGUGUCAGUGGUUUUCAAUGGAUUUUAUUGCUAAUGCGUUUAAAGGAAUUAAAGACUCUGAAUUUGAAACAGCCUUCAUCCCACUUUUGCCUAUUUUCUUGGGGUAUGCAUAUAAGCAUGAUUGCAGGAUUUUUCUCAACCUUGUAAAUGGCAUGCUUGGAGACAAGAGAAGGGUCUUUACAUUUCCUUGUUUAUCAGCAUUUCUUGAUAAAUAUGAGCUGCAAAUACCAUCAGAUGAAAAACUUGAGGAAUUUUGGAUAGAUUUUAAUCUUGGUAGCCAGACCCUAUCAUUCUACAUUGCUGGAGAUGAUGAUCAUCAGUGGGAAGCAGUCACUGUACCUGAGGAAGAAGUACAAAUAUACAACAUUGAAGAGAGAGAAUCAAAGAAGCUACUGACCAUAAUUCUGAAAACUAUUUUAAGAAUUAGUAACAGAGAAGGGAAAGAAUUGCUUUUGUAUUUUGAUGCUUCAUUAGAAAUCACUAAUGUGACACAAAAAAUUUUUGGUGCAAAUAAACAUAGGGAAUUUACCAGAAAACAGGGUAUUUCAGUUGCCAGAACAUCUGUGCAUAUACUUUUUGAUGCAAGUGGAUCACAGAUUCUCGUGCCAGAAAGUCAGAUCUCACCUGUUGCAGAAGAACUUGUUAGUUUGAAAGAAAAACCUAACUCCCAAAAGGAAUUUGCCAAACCUCCAGAAUACAUCAAAAAUAGUACUCAAGGGAGCAGAAAAAAUAGUCAAUCUGAGAUAAUUACGCCUAGCAAAAGAAAAAUGUCUGAAGCCUCAAUCCUUGUUACUGGUGCAGAAAUAUACAACAAGAGAAGUCCAUUACAUUUAACCAACACAUCAACAUCAGGAAGAGGAAAAAGGAAACCACUGCUGCAAGUGAGGAGCUCUGCAGGGAAACCGGGGGUUCCUGAAACAGCACCAGCUGAUGUGGAUGCUGCUCUACCACAUGCAGGGAGAAGGAGAGGAGAGGAGACACGCAAACAUAUCACUGCUAACAUUGCAGAAAAGACAGAAAAUAAGAACACUGAAUUCCUAAUUCAAAAUUUUAAUGAAUCCCAGUAUAUUCCUGAUUCACAGGCAGUGGGAAAAAUAGAUAAAUCUGUGUUACCUGGUGUUUCAUACAACAUUCGUGGAAAUAAGACACCUUCUAAAUUGGCAUGUUGGACACCUGUAACAAAUAUUAAGCUGUGCAAUAACCAAAGAGCAAGUACUUCACAAGGAGACACAUUUAAUCAAGAUAUUGCUAUCAACAAAACAGUUACUAAACAAAAAUCAUCCUCUUCAGCAUCUGAUGAUAAUUUUGAAGAAAUCGGAAAGGUGGAAUAUAAGAAAGAAAUAAUGCAGUGUAACAAAAUAGAUAAAGCAGAAGUAGAUGUUUGCAAAAGAAACAAACAACAACUAAAUCAACAUUCAGAAAUGAAAAAUAUUGAAAAUACCAAGCAGAGUGAUUGGCAUAUUGAAUCUGAAACUACUUUUAAGUCAAUUCUCCUAAAUAAGACAGUUGAAGAAUCUCUCAUCUAUAGGAAGAAAUACAUAUUGUCAAAAGAUGUAAAUACUGCUAUUUGUGAUAAAAGCCCUUCUCCUAGUAAAAAUGCAAAGAGUAGUAGAAAAUCAAGGAAAAGAUUAAUGUCUGAACUUAAUUCCUGGGAUUUGAAACAAAAAAAAAUGAGAGAAAAGUCAAAAGGGAAAGCACUUACUGAUGCAGCAAAAUCCUUGAUAAGCCAAAUUAAUAAGAGAUACAAACCAAAGGGUGAUAUACAGUCUACAAGAAAAUUAAAGGAGUCUUUGAUUAACAGUGAUUUUUCAAACAAAUCUGAUCUACAGCUCAGCAAGGAAAAGGGUCAGAAAAAAAGUUAUAGACAACUGAAGACUACUUUUGUUAAUGUUACUUCUGAACACCCAUUGAAUGAUGUUUACAAUUUUAAUUUGAAUGGAGCUGAUGAGCCUAUUAUAAAACUUGGAAUCCAGGAAUUUCAAGCUACAGCUAGAGAAGCCUGCAUGGAUAGUUCAAUAAAAUCGUUUGGUUUAAUGAGUCAUGAUGAACUUGAACCUUCUCUCAAAACAAAAGAGAAAAGAAUUGUAACAAGUCAUAAAAAUAAAAACCUCUUUAGUGAUACUGACACAGAAUACAGAUAUGAUGAUGGCAAGACCGACAUUAGCUGGCUAAGAGAACCAAAAUCAAAACCACAGCUAAUAGAAUAUAGCAGAAAUAAAAGUGUGAAGAAGAAACAGAAAAGUGGGAAAUCAAGACCAUCUUUGGAAAGGGAACAACCAAGAUCUAAAAUGACACCCAAGAAAACCACCACCAAAAAGGUAGAUGAAACCAUUCCAGAUGGGAGAACCAGACUUCCACGAAGAGUGGCAAACACCAAAAAAAAUUAUAAAGAUCUUUCAAAUUCAGAAUCAGAAUGUGAACAAGAAGUUUCAGAGUCAUUGAAAGAAAAAUUGCUAGUAAAGGAGGAGAAUAUUCAUGCCAGAAGCAAAACCAUGAAGCUGCCAAAGAAACAGCAGAAUGCCUUCUCCUCAGAGACACAAAAGGAUAUAUCAAAAGAAUGGGCAAGCUCAUCUCUCCUAAAAAAUACUACUAUAAGAGACAACAGCCUUGACUUAUCUCCUGUGUCUUUGUCUGGGAGUCCAUCAUCUAUAGAAGUAAUGAGAAGUACAGAGAAAAUAACAGAAAGGGACUUUACUCAGGAUCAUGACUGUAUAACAAAAUCCAUAUCACCUACUGUAAAAUCUUCAUCACCUGAAUCCUUCAACAGUAAAUAUGGAGUUGGAGGUCCAAUAAAGUCACUGAAAAACAGUGAGAAAAAUUUACUAUGUGCAAGAGAAAGUUGCUCACCAAUGCCUCAAUCAUUCUCUUCGGAAAGUCAUUCAGCAUCUUCACUAUCCACGUCUAGUGAGAAAGGAGAGAAAAUAAGAUGUGACACGCCCUGUGACUCCACUCAUGUAUCAGGCCCUACAUACCAUCUUAGUCGCAAACGAAUGUACAUAGAAGACAUUAAUCCCAAUGAAGUAGGAUUGGAAGAGGAAGAGGAGGGGAGAGCAGACUUGCUUCCCCCAAAACUGUCUAAAAUGGAAAAUGCUGAUCAUCACAGUCACAAAAUGUCUGAAAGUACAUCUCCGUUAUCAACAAAUGACUUUUCUGUUCCUGGAAAGAACUGGGGAACUGAAAUUUCAGAUGUAGGCACAAUGUGUGAGCAGUUCAACACAGAAUUUAAGAAGAAAUUUAAUAUUCACCACAAAUUGAUGGAUUAUUUUACCAAGCAGUCUUGGAAAACAGCUCAACAACAUCUAAAAACAAUGAACCAUCAUAUUCAGGAAUACAGGAUCAAAAAACUUGAUAAAUUCCAGUUCAGCAUCAUAAAAGAGUUGGAGAACUUUGAAAAAGAUUCACAGUCUUUAAAAGAUUUGGAGAAGGAAUUUACGGACUUUGGGGAAAAGAUAGUUCAGAAGUUCAGUGCCUAUCAAAAAAGUGAACAGGAGAGGCUUCACCUUUUGAAAGCUUCAUUGGACAAGAAUGUCUUCUACAGCACUGACAGGGAAGAAACUAUUUGUACAUCUGAGAUGUGUUUCAUGAAAGAAAACAUGAAAAUUCUGCAAGACAGGCUUCUUAAGGAAAUGCAAGAGGAGGAGCUACUUAAUGUACGCAGAGGACUGUUGUCAUUAUUCAUGGCUUGUGAGACAAAUGUUAAUGUGGAGAUCUAGCUGUUACCCAGUUCUGCCCAGUUCCUUUCUGUACAUAACCAAGAAAAUACCAGAGUAGCCCUACAAAGAAAAAAAUACAUAUAUAACCCAGGCAAGAGUGCCUUCGACCUCAACAUUCAAGGAAAUGUCUUAUGCAUGAGGAAAAAAACAUUCUGACUCCAAGCCCCCAAACUUGUCUGUACCUUACCACUCCUUUUUGGCUUGUUUUGUAGUAAUAUUUAAACAUGUUACUGAGUUUAAAUAUAGACAGACAUUACUGACUUUUAAUUAAUUAUAUUUACAGAACUAGUUGUUUAAAAUACUUUUUAUAUGAUAAAUUUUAGUUUAUUAUUAAA